CACAGUCUAGCAGCUACUGCAGCCUGCAUCCACACGAACGUUUGAGCUAUCCAUCACACUCCUCAGCAGACAUCAAUUCCAGUCUUCCUCCGAUGUCCACCUUCCACCGUAGUGGUACAAACCAUUACAGCACCUCCUCCUGUACACCUCCUGCCAACGGGACAGACAGUAUAAUGGCAAAUAGAGGAAGCGGAGCAGCAGGCAGCUCCCAGACUGGAGAUGCUCUGGGGAAGGCACUUGCUUCGAUCUAUUCUCCAGAUCACACUAACAACAGCUUUUCAUCAAACCCUUCAACUCCUGUGGGCUCCCCUCCUUCUCUCUCAGCAGGCACAGCCGUUUGGUCUAGAAAUGGAGGGCAGGCCUCAUCAUCUCCUAACUAUGAAGGACCCUUACACUCCUUGCAAAGCCGAAUUGAAGACCGCUUAGAAAGACUGGACGAUGCUAUUCACGUCCUCCGGAACCACGCAGUGGGCCCGUCCACGGCCAUGCCCGGUGGUCAUGGGGACAUGCACGGAAUCAUUGGACCUUCUCAUAAUGGAGCGAUGGGUGGUCUGGCCUCAGGGUAUGGAACCGGUCUUCUUUCCGCCAACAGACAUUCACUCAUGGUUGGGGCCCAUCGUGAAGAUGGCGUGGCCCUGAGGGGCAGCCAUUCUCUUGUGCCAAACCAGGUUCCAGUUCCACAACUCCCUGUCCAGUCUGCAACUUCCCCGGAUUUGAACCCACCCCAGGACCCUUACAGAGGCAUGCCGCCGGGGCUGCAGGGCCAGAGUGUCUCCUCCGGCAGCUCUGAGAUCAAAUCCGACGAUGAGGGCGACGAAAACCUGCAAGACACGAAAUCUUCCGAGGACAAGAAACUAGAUGACGACAAGAAGGAUAUCAAAUCCAUUACUAGGUCAAGAUCUAGCAAUAACGAUGACGAGGACCUGACACCGGAGCAGAAGGCGGAGCGGGAGAAGGAGCGGAGGAUGGCCAACAACGCCCGGGAGCGCCUGCGCGUGCGCGACAUCAACGAGGCUUUCAAGGAGCUGGGCCGCAUGGUGCAGCUCCACCUCAAGAGCGACAAGCCGCAGACCAAGCUCCUGAUCCUCCACCAGGCCGUGGCCGUCAUCCUCAGCCUGGAGCAGCAAGUCCGAGAAAGGAAUCUGAAUCCAAAAGCUGCCUGUCUGAAAAGAAGGGAAGAGGAAAAGGUGUCCUCGGAGCCACCCCCGCUCUCCUUGGCGGGCCCCCACCCUGGCAUGGGAGAUGCAGCCAAUCACAUGGGACAGAUGUAAAAGGGUCCAAGUUGCCACAUCGCUUCAUUAAUACAAGAGACCACUUCCUUAACAGCUGUAUUAUCUUAAACCCACAUAAACACUUCUCCUUAACCCCUUUUUUUGUAAUAUAAGACAAGUCUGAGUAGUAAUGAAUCGCAGACGCAAGAGGUUUCAGCAUUCCCAAUUAUCAAAAAACCGAAAAACAAACAAAAAAAAAAAAAAAAGAAAGAAAAAAGUGCAACUUGGGUGAUGACUCUCUUUAACAUAUCAUUCAGAAUGUUCAAAGCAGUAUGUGCAGGCUGAGACACAGCCCAGAGACUGAAUGGCAAUCUUUCCACACUGUGGAACAAUGCAUUUGUGCCUAAACUUCUUUUGGAGAAAAAAAAAAAGUAUAUAAUUAAUUUGUAAGUCUGAAAAAAAAUAUUUAAUUUAAAAAAAAUUGUAAACUUGCAAUAAUGAAAAAGUGUACUUCUGAAGAAAACGACAUGACAGUUUUUGUUGGUUUCCAAGUCAGCUAGUGUUUAUAAUGACCGGAUAUUGAAUAAGGGAAGCUCUUGGCUGCCCUCGUAACAAAACCAGCAGAUGUCCUGAUGACAGCGAAGUGAUGACAUUAGCCAUUCCUUAGGGUAGGAGGAACAGAUGGAUCUUAUAGACCUAUGACAAAUAUAUAUAUAAAUAUAUAUAUAAAUAUAUAUUAAAAAUUUAGUGACUAUGGUAAGCUUUUGUUCAUUUGUUUCAGACUUUUUUCUCCUGUAAAAAAAUAGUACUGAUUAACUUUUUUAAAAGAAAGAUUUUACUGUAAAUACGGAUUUUUUUUUUUUUUUUUUUUUGGUCUUAUUUCUGUCCCUUUCCCCAGUUUGUUCUCGUAACCUGUAGUGCCAACUCUGCUUCCAGAGAGGUGGUGCAGGAUGAAAUGCUGACCCUAAUGUUGCUUUUCAUUCAUAAAUAAGUAGAAAGUUGUUUCUUCAGUCUUUUGGGAACACAGGACUUAAAAGUCACAUCAUGUCUAGUAGAUAUUAACAAGCAGCAUUACCAAGACAUGGCAAAAAAGAGUUUGUCUGAAUUGUAAUGUUGCGUUUGCGACCCUCUUCUGGGAUUUUCAGAGGUACAAGGUUAGAAUGCUACAAUGUUACCACUGUGCCUUCCAAUGUUUAUAUCAUCGGAAACAUAACAUAAUCAAAGUGGCUGUGAUUUAACAAAAUGAUUAAAGUGUUACCUACAUGUGUAGCCGAAGUAGUGUGCAGUGAGGUGUUUCUGAAUACAUGGUCAGAUUUUUGGAAAAAAACAAAAACAAAAAAAAAACAAGUCAAGUUCAACAACCAUCAAAUGAGAAAAUUGCAAGUAGUGUGACAGAGCUGAUUGAUUUUGUUGCUUUCUUGAUUUUUUUUUCAAAAUGGGUUUACUACGAUGUAGAUGACUUAACUGCCUUCUCCUUCGUCUGAAAAAAAAAAAAUGCCAAUAUUCAACCAUCUUGCAGCAUUACAACAAGCCUUAUAAGUCCUAAAGCAUUAAGUUGCACUUUCUUGAGGAGGGGUAGUGCAGUAUUUCUCUGGCCAGUAUGAAUGAAGUUUAUACUUAACAUAUUUGAUAGAAACAUAGAUCAAGCUGUGGCACAGUAACUCAUCAGAUAGCUAGCUUUGACGUCUGGGCACAAUUGAACCAACUUCCAUCGUGAAUCUUUAUAAUGAUUGACUUUGGUGUAUAGUGCAGUAAAGAAAUAGUGCUCCUAGUUAAGUAUUUGUCAGCAUCCUUUUGUCUCUAACUCGUUUCUAUUUUUACAGCCACACAAUCUUGGCAUGUAUUAAGAAAAAAAAAAUCCCUUGUUCAAGUAGUUUUUCCACCUAUCAGCACUGAGUAAAUGCCAUAAACCCAUCGAAAUGGUCUAAAUGUUCCAUCUGUUCUCCUGUUUUGCCAGUUAUAUAGUAACGAAAUACAUUUGUAAAUUUUAUGCAACAAAUGGCAAACGUAUCAUUAUUUUGAAAUUGUGUAUGUAAAAGUUAUAUUUUUACAUGUAGGCUCUUGUUAUUAUGUGUUUUAAUACAUUGUAUCGGUUUUUGUUUCUUUUUUUAAGCUGUGUGGUUUAAAAAAAAAGUCUCAUUGAAAUGAAAUAGUGAGCUACAAGAAUCUGAAUUUUCUGUUCAUUUCUGAAAAAAAUGUAAGAACAAAUAAGAUAGUUACCACGUGGUCAUCUUUUACAAACCCAUAAACAUUUUGAUUAGCUGUGUGUUUGUUGAAAACUGUAAAUAUGUUCAGUAGCGAUAAAACUAAAAUACUUUGAUUUGUUGAUAAGUUCCUAAAAUGUGGAGGUGGAUUAAAACCUUAGGAGACUAGCAGAAAUCAGACUUCAUGAAAAGUUAUUUUGAGGCUUUCCUGUGAAAAUGUAUGAACCAAGGGGCUCCAAGAAGGGCAUGGAAGACAAUAUUGUAUACUCUCCCCUCCUCCUGAGUAAUGGAAACCAUCUGUACUUGUACCCUCAGUAUGUUGAAGAUUUCCUUUUAGUGGUACACUCUGCACUCAUUUUUGUAUAGUCUACCAAGGCGGGUAUCCCUAGGAACAGUAUAAUAUAGGAAGCAGGUAUAUUGAUCACAUUCAGGAUAAGUGUAUAGAAGAAAAUACGGUGUUUACUCUUUAGGGAACUGGAAACACUCCCUGCAUUGAUGUACAUUUUAAGAUGGGCACUUUUGAUACAUGUUAUCAUAAAGGUGCUUUCAUAGAGCUGAUUUAAAGUUUUUCAAAUCUGUAAACAAAGCAAAAAAAAAAAUUAAAUUGUAGUUCUUCGAUUAUUUUUUAAAUUGGUGCUUUAUAUUUUGUUCUCACUGAAGCAGAGUAAAAGCUACAAUUUAUUGUUCACCAGCUUUGAUGUAUUCCUUAAUCAGUCAUGUAAUACCUCUAUUGUGGAAUUCCCUUUGGAAAUAAGCGAAAAACUUCCUAACGGCCACCAAAAGCUGCUCACUCCUUUUUUGCUUGGUGGAGAAAUGUGAUCUCCUGUCCGUAUUCAUUGGGUUGUAUCCCCAUUAAAGAGAAAAGAAAAGGAAAAAAAAAAAAAGAUGAAAGGGAAUGUGGCCUUUUUAGUGUGUUUUUUCUCGUGGUUGUUUUGUAAUUACCAAACCCAGGUAAGAUAUUGGUAUCCUGCGCUGAAUUUUCGAAUGAAAUUUAGCAGAAGACAGUUAGGGUGAAAAUACUCUUACACAAAAUUCACAAGGGUCCAUACUACACUGUGUAUGUGAUGCUGCUUUGGCUGGGAGUCUGUUUAAGAGACUUGGACUUUAAAAGCAACUUGGAACAGUUGAUCCACCUCCACAUUCAAGUAAUUUAUGAAUAUGCAGAAUAGGGAUCUGUUCACCUAGAAUUUUUUACCAUUUGUCUUCUGUGUAGCUGCAAGGAACACUAAUGUUUAGACAACUGUCAGUCCACCCAGUAACACAACUGGUUCUGAUUCAGUCUUCCGAUUCCUUUUUGUUUUUCGCUUUUUCCUAUUCCUUGAUUUUUUUUUUUUAUUCAUUUGUGAUCUUUAUUUUGAUGAGGGAUUGGGGUGGGUGGGGGGAGGGUGUUGAACCAAGACUUGGGGUUAAGAGCAUUUUCGCCUUGGAUCCAACAGGCAGAAUAUGAUCUGUGUCCAAAAGUGAACUUGAGUCAGGAAUGAAACAAUUCAGCAUAAACAAGCACAAAAAUUUUAGUCUGCUGGCUGACUGGAAACAAAAAAAAAAAAGUCAAGAUGGAAUAUGAGGAAUUCCAACACAAUGGGGCACCAAGGCCUUUAGGCCUCUCUUUUUAUUUUGCUUUGGUUCUGUUUGUUUUUCUUUAGAGACAUGAUCUUUCUCAUGGGACUUGAAGCGGACUCAUCCUUGUGCAGUGCUGGCUCUGCCAUACUCAUUUCAAGUAUUAUAGACAUAUGUAAUGGUGAAAAUAUAUGAACUGUGGCCUUUUUCAUUCUUGUUACUUGUGAUGCAAUUAAGUGAAGAUAAGAGAAAAAAAAAAAAAGCAGAGAUUUACCAUGUAUCAGUGCCUGGCUUUUUGUUAUAAAGCUUUGUUUGUCUAGUGCUCUUUUUGCUAUAAAAUAGACUGUAGUACCCUAGUAGGAAAAAAAAAAAACUAAAUUUAAAAAUAAAAAAUAUAUUUGGCUUAUUUUUCGCAGGAGCAAUCCUUUUAUACCAUGAAUAUUACAAAAAAAAUUGUCAGAUUCUGAAUAUUUCUUCUUUGUAGAUUUUUGGAAUCAUUAUGAGUAAAAGUUUGUUACUUUAUUUUACUAUUUAAAAGAUGUUAUUUUACCAUGUGUUACUGAGAUGAAACUGUAUGGUAGCUUUUUUUUGUUUGUUUUUUGUUUCUGUUUUUGUUUUUGUUUUUGUUUUUGUUUUUUUAGUUGUAGGUCGCAGCGGGGAAAUUUUUUGCGACUGUACACAUAGCUGCAGCAUUAAAAACUAAAAAAAAAAAAUUGUUAAAAAAAGAAAAAAAGGGAAAACAUUUCAAAAAAAAAAAAGAUGAACAGUUACACCUUGUUUUCAAUGUGUGGCUGAGUGCCUCGAUUUUUUCAUGUUUUUGGUGUAUUUCUGAUUUGUAGAAGUGUCCAAACAGGUUUUGUGCUGGAGUUCCUUCAAGACGAAAACAAACCCAGCUUGGUCUAGGCCAUUACCUGUUUCCCAUCUGUAGUUAUUCGAUGAAGUCAUGUACAUGACCGUUCUGUAGCAAUAAAUGUGCCAUUUUUAUAAA